AUGCACGCACGCUCAAUUCGAUACGGUGGGGCAGGGGACCUACCUGCUCGACUGCGCAAGACGCUGGGGAAGUUUGUUCUUUUCACUGGGGCUUGCGCACUGCUCAACAAGGCUCCAGGCCAGACCCCGGCGCCUUUUUCGUACUAUGAGUAUCCUGCUAAUAGCCUAGAUAUAGCUGCGCUGGGGAGGCAGUACGCAGAGAACCCGGGAGCCGUAAUAAUCAACAAGAAUCCUGCGGGAGGAUCUAACUGUGUUACAAUCACGUCCCUCGGGAAGAUGAUUUUGGGUGCAUCCUCCCUAUCUGCCACAGCAAUCUCUCUCAGUUACAUGCGCAACAAGCACCAGCGAGCACCUAAGGACGAACGUGGGGUAAUCAUCUACGGAGAUUUACAAGUGGGCCACGCUCCUGGGUUAGCCUCUCCUAGUUGCCUGCGCGGUCUCAGAGUCCCGAUAGUUCCCGCCGUCGAUAUUUUCACGCGUCUUAUUCGGAACACGGUACUAAUCUCGACGGAGAAGCUUCCCACGCGGGAGAAUGUUCUAUCUCCUUCAUCGAGGAUCGUUGUAAAUGGCGUUGAUACGCAUUUCAACAGCCUCGGCUAUUUGUGGAAGGAGUCCUUCAAGCAACUGCAGAGCAGCAUGGGGAGCGCAUUCCCAGAAGUGGUGACUAACUAUCCCGUGCGUGUUUAUGAUUGCAUAGUGUCCCCUGAGGACGCAUGUAACUGGAUACUGGCUCUUCUUUCUUCCUGUGGACCAGAGAGCAUUAUCAACGGGUCUGCAGAACCCUCGCUAAAAUUUACACCGGCACCUGAGACUUCUCAACAGUUGCGUGCGCCCACUCUCGCUGUUCUCUUUAGAAUGGCCGCCAAGAUGCCCCACAAACUUCUUACAUCACCACACACAGGACGAUGCUUUCAGGACAGCCUUCUGUUCAUAGUUGUCCACGAUACCAGCUAUGAAGCGUUCCUCUAUGAAUAUUAG